AGAUGGCAAGCUGGGUCUCCACCCUCUUCUUCCUAAUCUGGUUGUCAGUCUCUCAAGCCCAAGAGAGGAGUGGAAAAAUCCCCACUGUGGAAUUCAUCUCUGAAAGCCUGAUUAACAAUGUGGUCCAGGACCCACAGACUGGUCGCAUCUACCUGGGAGCAGUCAACAAUAUCUUCCAGCUGAGCCCGUCCCUCCAGAAGGAGGCCCGCACUGAGACGGGCCCAAAAAAAGAUGCCAAAACAUGUACACCUCCUGCUUCAGGCUGUCAGGACACACUGCUCAUGCCCAACAGCAACAAACUUCUGCUGGUCCACCCAUCCAAUGGUUCACUAAUAGUAUGUGGCAGUCGGUACAGAGGCAUAUGUUCCCUCCUCAACCUGUCUAAUGUAGAACAAGAGUUGUAUUACAAUGACAACAAAGGAGAGAGGACUUACGUGGCUAGCAUAGAGGAUAAUGUGAACGUGGUGAGCGUCAUGUCCAACUACACAAAAAAUGGCCGGACCUUCAAAGUGUUCCUUGUUGGAAAGGGCUAUGGAAGCCUGGACAGUACAAAACUAAUCAGCACACGAAUCCUUGAGGACUACCAGGACUGGGUUGUGUUUGAGAACAUCAUUGAGGCAUCAGCGGUACAGACGGCGCCAUUUGUCCUCAAGUACUUACACGACUUCCAACAUGCCUUCAAAGAGGAUGGUUUUGUGUAUUUCCUCUUUUCUCGGACUCUCGAUGGCACAGAUAACAAAAACUUGACUUUUGUGUCUCGUCUUUGUGAAAAUGACCAACAUUACUAUUCGUACACAGAGCUCCAGUUAACCUGCGGUACAAACAACCGGUACAACAAAGUCCAAGCUGCAUAUGUGGCUUUUCCAGGAAAAGAGCUGGCACGGGUCAUGUCUCAAUCUGGUAAUUAUGGGACGGUCACCUCAUUCACAAAAGUCCUCUUCAUGGUGGCUCAUCCAGAUGACGACGAAAGCGACUCUGCUCUCUGCAUGUACCCGCUGAACUCCAUCAAUCAGCAGCUGAUGGAUAUAAUCAGUGCAUGCUACAGUGACUCUGGGGAGAUUUCUGGGGUUCCUGCUGUGGACGUACCCUACUCAUCUCAAGCCUACACAGCAUGCACUUCAAAAAUUUCCAAGGAUGCAUUGGGAAACUUCAAGUGUGGUGCAGAGCAUUUGCUUUCGCCUCUGGCAAGCAAGCCAGCAUUUGCCUUAAAGGCAGAUGCAGCAUUGACCAUGUCGGUCCAUCUGACUGCUGUAACUGUUGCUGUGGAGAAUGACCACACGAUCGCCUUUUUGGGCAGCGCCAACGGAGAGGUCUUCAAGGUACACCUGAGACCAGGUGAAUAUGGCAACGAGCCGUACUCCUAUGUUGGCAACAACAUAGGAGAGAAGGUCAACAAGAACCUUUUCCUUGACCAAAGCCAGAGCCACCUCUACAUUACCACAGAGAAAAGGAUCACCAAGGUGCCAGUGCAGACGUGCCUCGAAAUGAAAGACUGCCAAUCAUGCGUGGGACUGAGGGACCCUUACUGUGGCUGGUGUGUUUUGGAGGGCAGGUGUACCAGGAGGUCUGAGUGCCGACGGGCAGAGGAGAAGAAUGGCUGGUUGUGGAGCCCCAAGCAGCAGUGUGUCAAGAUUGUAUCCUUCUCUCCUUCAAACCUUUCCUGCAGAAAGACCGGCAAGGUGAACAUCAAUAUUCCCUCCCUUCCUACCAUUGGACACUCUGACCGUCUGCAAUGCAAGAUUGAGUCUUUCCAGAGUAACGGCAUCAUGUCAGACUCUGGUGAGGUCUCCUGUGAUCUGCCCCAGCCUGGGCUUAUACCGAAAACACCUGAGGGCCAAGACUUUGUGGCCGUGGCUAUCAGGAUCUUUGUGAAUGAGACUGUGGAGUUGGCCACGCGGGAAUUCAUGUUCUACAACUGUGCUGCCACAGUGAGGAAAUCUGAAAACACACCGUGCAUGUCAUGUGUAAGCAGUCAGUGGGGAUGUCAGUGGAACACGCAGGACCACACCUGCAGCGAUGCGGACAACAGCGUGGUUGGUUCCCACAUCAUCAAGCACCGUCAGAGCGCAAACUGUCCUCGGUUCGAGAAUCCAGAUCCUGUGCUCAUCCCUGUGGGCUACAAGACUCGAAUCAGCUUUGAAGGCAUAAAUCUGAAUCAUUACCAG